CAUUGUCAGAAUACAAGUGCUUUAUGGUGAUAAUAUGUCAAAACCAAACAUAAGGAAGAUAACGGCUGACCCUACGAAAUGUAAUACAGACUCUUCACGACGGCCGAGUGUGUUUGAGAGGUUGGGCACCAAACCAGCAAUCACCGUCGCUGCCGCCACUCAGAAUACAUCGGAUUACUGCAGAAAUUGGGCCCUCAACGGCAGUUGUUCCUACGGAAAAAGUUGCAAAUACGCAAACACACAUACAUUGAUAAGCCCAUCCAAGCGUGCUAAGAAAGAUAAUGCGAUCGCAGGCACAUCUGGGCUUGAGGAUCCUUUCAAACGGCUCACAUCAAAGAUCGUGAAAAAGGCGUCCAACAGCCCAGACUUAAAUAUAGAAGAGUGGAAUCAGACAGAUUUGGAGUACGAAGACGAGAAGGUAUUGGAGAGACGGCGGCAGCUAUUACAACGGGAACUGGAAUUACAAAUGAAGAAAGAUAAAGAGGUACAUGGCAAGGAUAAAGUAAGACAGAAGAAGAAAGCAAUGAGCUCUUCCUCUAGUUCACACACAUCCAGCACAUCUAGUAGUAGUAGCAGCUCCAGUAGCGAAGACACGUCUUCUACAUCUACGUCCGAUUCACACAAAAAAAUCAAAAAGAUUAAGACCAAGAGACACAAUAGUAUUUCCGCCGAUUAUAGCGAGGAUAAAGAAAGAAAGAGAAAAUUGAAACUCAAGAGACUAGGAACGAGAAACGAUAAAGCCAUAAAAAAAAAACGCAAACUCGAGAACAGUAACACGAAGAAAGAUCUGACGAGAUCAGUCAAGAAGUAUGGCUCGUCGUCUGUAUCCAGAAAGCAUUCCGGUUCGUUGCGUGCUAGGUCACCUACCAUACAACAGGGAUCUACGAGUGGAGUCACAUCUGCGGCAGCCACAACGCUGGGCUCGCAAGUUUCUGUGGCGCAUCACGCUUCAUCCUCUAACAAAAUCCGGGAGAGAAAUAGGAGCGAUUCACCGAAAGCGGUAAAAAGUAAUCGGGAAAUUGAUAAGGAGGACAGUAGACAUUACAAAAAGGUGCGUGACAUGGACGAGUGUCUAUCCAAGGACCCUGUCAAGUGUAAGUCAUCAUUCGAUAAAAUUAAGGAACAACAGGAAAAAGAAAAGAGUCGUGCCAUUGACGAAAAGACUAAAUCAGACGAUCGAUUGAGAGCGAAGUGCAAGGACAAAGACGUGCGUUCGCGUACCCCGCCGCCGCCGUCGUCAUCAGAGCGGUCAUCCAAGUAUCAGCACGUCAAGGAGAAUGCGUCAUCAAAGACACAACGUAGCCGGACGCCAUCAAGGACGAGACGCGAUCUCACCCCAGUGAAGAAUUCGGAGAAGCAAGGCAACUCGUCGUCGAGUCGCGUGAGAGACGUAGAGAAAAAGGAUCGCGAUUCGCACAAAAGGGAUAAAAGCAAAGAACGAGAUGACACGAGAAAGAACGAACCAACAUCUUCGGUCAAAGCAAAACAAACAGUUUCUACGAGUCAGGACGAGAGUUAUCGAAGGAAUAAUACGAGCAAAGACAAUUUCGAUGAGAAGACGUACAGCGGUGACAAGGUGCGACAGAAGAGCCGCGAGCGUCAACGCGAGAAAGAGACGAGAGAUGAACGCUCUUCAAGACAGACUCGCGAUCAGCGGCAAGAGCCUCAGCGUGACAAGGACAAAGACGAAUCUCAGGAACGUUGUCGUAACGAAAGGCAGCGCGAACGAGAUCGCGAUCGGGAACGAGAUCGAGAGAGAGAACGUGACAGAGAGAGGGAUAGGGAUCGCGAACGAGAACGGGAGCGCGAUCGCGAGCGGGAAAGAGAUCGAGAGAUACGCGAGCGAGAUCGCGACCGGGACCGAGAAAGAGAGAAACCCAUGAAGUCGCGAGAAAGGGAUGUGCCCGCGGUGAUUUCGCCUGCAGCGUUGAGUCUGUCAGCUGAUAAGGGUUCACGUUAUGGCAGCAGAAUCAAGGAACGACCUUUAGGCAAAGAUGUGUCGUUUGAAAAGAGCGGCGGCACUCGUGAGCGGAGCAGAAGCGAGCGCGAACGGGAACGAUCCGAGACAAAGGCUCUCGCUGAGCGGGAACGGAAUUCUACGCAAUCACGUCUGGAGGGAAGAUAUGAAAGAAGCGGCGUUGUCGAAAAGGAAGUGUCGUUGAGUCGUGGCAAAUCGCCCCGAGAUCGCAUGGAUCGUUUUCGGGAGACGUCUUUAGAUCGUGCGUCCUUGCACGAUAAAGGUGGACAUGUCGCGACAUCAUCGAAUGCUCAAUCAGUAGCAACGUUACCGUCCGUGCCUCCAGCCUCAUCUUCGUCCGUGGCUGUGACACCCGGUCUAUCAUCUCGCGAUCAUCUGAUGGAUAUGGUGGAUGGUCAUUACGAUAGGGACAGACACAGAAGGUUCGGCGUGAGAUAUGAUCGGAGUCACACAUCGGAACAUAGCAGCAGAAAGGACCAGGCGCGAAUCGAAUCGAGUCGCGUUCCGAAUAAGAUUGAUCGAAUAGUAGAUCGUCGGGACACGAGCAGUCCGCGACGCGCCGUGGAAGUGGACAGAAAUUUUGGUAGGAACUAUGGCAGAGUGCCAGAGCACUGGGACGAACAAGAGGAAUCAGCUCCACACGUCGAGUAUCGUGAUCACGUUCACAUUCAUGAGGAUGACAGGAGAAAGACUAUCGAGGGCAGAAGGUACAAUAGUCCCUUUGAAGAGAGACGGGUUGCUCGCGACGAGAGAUCCAGAGAAUCAAGAUAUGUGAUCCAGACUACGGAGCGAACAUCCUUCGACGAUCAUCGUCAUCAUCAUCAUCAUCAUCGACAUCUCUAUCCUGGUGAUAAACUAAGAAGUGGUGGAACCAAUAUCAGAGAUGAAACUGUUUCUAACGAUAAUUGGGAAGGACAUCAUCGUGACGUGGAACACGGUCGAGACCGUAGUUAUCAAACAGUGGAAUGGGAGGAGAGAGAAUGGCGCACUAGAACGACGGCUCUAUGGGAAGGCAGAGACAGUUUACCUCGUUCGGAGAUACACGACGAUGAGUGGAAUUCUCGAUACGACAAUUCUAUGAAUGACUGGAAGUCCAACGAUACUCGAAAAUGGGAUAAUCAGAACGUGCAUGUUCGAUCGCAUUACAGGAAUGAGCGCUCAAAAGACUUGGAGCAUGGAGAAUCUACACAACAUAAGCGGUCGUAUAAUGCGCCGGAAGCAAGAGAAGAGCCAGCGGUACAUCCUUCUGCUAAACAAGCUGCUAUUUACGGCAGCAUGAAAGAAGAACCUAUCAACAAGAAAUUGAUGGAACUCGCUGAAGGUAGAUUGUGCACAACUACUACUAGAGAAAAGUCUACGGAUAGUUUCCAAAAGAAGAAUUUGCAAAAGGAUAAACCCGAAAUUAAGGAACCCAUCGCGGUGGAACCAAAGCGUCCUAUUGCUGACGAGUCCUUGCAAACUCUUCAUACUGAGAGUGACUUGAGUGACAUUAGCGACGACCCUGAUGAUAUAUUGAAUAUGGAAGAAGAAACCACGGAUAUGGAAACUAAUAAAACGCGAGCAAAUAAAAAAACACCGGAUGUUACACAUCGCGAUACACAAUCAAUUGUACAAGAGCCGGCUCAAUUAUCUCCAAAAGAAUCUACCGAAGAAACUAUUUUCAGUUCAAAAUCUAAGGAUAAUGCUGAUGCAGUAUCAUUGAAGAAUAUGGAAGAUGGAGACAACAUGGAGACUAUGGAUUUUGAAGAAAUUUCUGAUGGCGAGCUAGAAGAGGACAUUAAAACAAGCGGCAAAGGAUUAGGUGAUGCCUUAGGAGUCGAUUGGGAAUCUCUCGUGAAAGAAACGCAAGCGAAAAGAAUUGUUUCAUCUAACCAAGACUCUGCGGAAAAUCGAUGGUUGUGUAAAGCUAUCUUCUAUAGAAUCGGUAUAUCUAAGAAAUAUGCAGGUGAAGAUUUCGUGAAAAAGCUGAUAAAAAAGUAUGAGAAGAACGAUAAUAAAGAGUUUUUGCUGAGUGAUAUUGCAUUAAUGCAUACAGCAUGUGCACGAAAUCAGUUGCUUCAAGAUUUGGGUAAUGGCGCGAUGCAUGCUGUAGAUGAUACUUUAUAUAGAAACAAUAAUGCGAGUUGCGACGAAGAUGUAGACUAUGAUUUGGAAACAUUGAAGCCAAGUGCUGCCUUGUACGAAGAAGCAAAAUGUUUAUUACAGCAAGUAAUAUGAAAAAAUAAUGAAAUUUGUACAUAAGAUUAUGAAUAGUCACUGUUUUCUUUGUAUUACUAUAUAAAGUACAUUAUAAAUACAGAAUCUGGGAUAUGGUAUACAAGCAGCAGAUUCUACAAUAAUUUAUAUUAUUUUAUUAAAUGAAAUGUACAUUAUGCAUAAUAGUCACUAUCGAGACAAAUUUAAAGGUAUAAGAUCGUUGAAAAAUAUUCAAGAAACAAAUAUAUUAUUAACUCUCCAAUUUUCAAAAUACUUUUGAAAAAUGAAGCUUGUAUAUUUAAAAACUUUUAUAUUUUAUUUUACUAUGAAGUAUCACCCUUUGCCAAUCGCGUUAUUUUGUUUCACACAACGCGCGCGCGCGCGCGUGUGUGUGUAUGUGUGUUUAUAUCCUGUUUUCUUAAUAUAGUACACAUAACAGAUUUUAUCACGAGUUGUACAUACAUAUAAUUGACAUAUAGCUUAUUGCUAUUUAAAUAUAAUUUUUCUUUAAACUUUUAUUUUGAUAAAGACUGUCAUUAAAUCUUCGCAUAUUUUGAAUAUUAUAUUAAAUAUAUCUAUUACAAAUUUUGUAUUAUAUACAAUAUAAAGUUCGUAUGAAUCAAAGCACAAAACUAAGUAAUUAUGAAAAUUAUAAUGUAGACGCUUUCUUUGUUGUCGUGUUUUUGAUAUAUUUAUGUAUUCCUUCAUCCAUAAAAAUAUCGAAUAAAAUAAUAUAAACGG